UGAGUACUUGAGUAAAAGCUACAGUGAGAAAGUAAAUUGAAUGUCAGCUUGUUUUUUCAUGUUGUCAACAUUUGUGUGGCAGUUAACAGUAUUUUUCUUGUAUACAUUUACAGGAGAAAAAAAUAAAAUGUCCAAUAUUUGCAAGGAUCGGAGUGUGAAGGAAGUGCAUACUACCUGUCAAAUUUCAGAUUUGUAAAAUAUGCUACCCAGGAGUCCGGUUUCACAUAACUAUAGAAUGAACUCUUGCCAAAGCUUUUACCCUCUUUAGCACGAUCGGUCACAAUAUCAUCAUUUCAUGCUCUUGGAAAACUUUCUGAACAAGUGCUUCGUCCCAUAGGCAGAUAUGAUUUUCUCCCAAGGAAAGACACACUUACGCAUAUAUCUUUUUCCCAAAAUAACAGUUGUUGUUUAUGCAAGUAUGGAAAAGGGUAUUGUUAGUUCCAACGUAAAAAUCAAAUCUGCCUGUGUAUGAACGUAGGAUAUCUUCCAUUUGUUGUUAGUAGAGGCCUUUGUAUAUGUUUGUAAUCUGGAAUGAAGUUCCUAGUUGGCAAUUCUGGUGCUCAAUCAUCCUGUUAAAGGUGCUCAAUCCAUUUGGAUGGUGGAAUGAGUUUUACAUCUGUCUGGACCUCUGUUGGGAGUCUUCUAUAAAAUAUUGUUUUCUGCCAUCUAGUGGAGAGACUGUAAAAGACAUGACCCUCACUUGCAUUUAAAUCCCAUGAUCCUCACUUGGAUUUCAGGCCCAUAUAGCCUUUGAAGUUCCUCCCCUUAUUUUUAUUUGUACAAUUUUUCCACUGAAAUAUUGUGUCAGUAUAUUAAUAUACAGUAGUAAUUAUACUAUUGUAUUGCGCCUAUGAACAUGUUACCAUUGCUACACUGGUUUGUGCAUCACUGUAGUACUAGUAUUGUGAUACUUUAUCACAAUAUACUUACCAUGUGCAUAUUUCUGCAUUGUUUUCUCAUUUCAGAGAAAGUGCACAAUACAUUUUUUUUAAAUUCAAGGUUAUUUAAGCAGAAAUGUGGAUUGGGGCACAUGUCAUGGAUCCUUAUGACUGGAUUGAAUUUGAUAUGCCUGGAAGUUUGUAGGAAAUGCUGUGGUCUCUUGGGGCUCUGUAGGUGGAGUUAUAAUAGAAUGGGUGUAAAGACCUUCACCAGGAUUUCCCUCGCUCCGUAGUUUGGAGUUGUAUAGCUGUAGAUAUGGAGUGGCUUCAGGUUAUUGCCAUUUGCGGGAUUCUUUUUGUUUAUUGCGGAGCACAAACGUCAAGUCCCAAGCAAAACCCUUCCUAUCUGAUCUCAGCUCCAAGAGUUCUGCGGCCCAGAAUUCCCACCUCCCUGUCAGUCACUGUCCUUACCAAAUCUCCGGUCAGGGUCACCUCAGAAAUUGUCAAUGGCAACACCAGUGUGGUCAGUGCGGAAAGUCUUUUUCAAGGAGGUUCAACUGGCCGUCAGGUUCUCCCUCCUAUUCCGGACAGCGCCAUACAUUAUUCCUCCCCCUACCAGCUGGUGGUUAAGGGUUAUGUCGGCGACAGCUUGGUGUUCACCAAUACAAGCUUUCUGCUCUUCAACCCCAAGAGCACCUCCACCUUCAUCCAGACAGACAAGUCCAUCUACAGCCCGGGCCAGGCGGUGAAAAUCCGCACCGUGUCCAUUUUGCCAGACGGCAAACCUUGCAAAAGCCCGGUCGAUAUUGUCAUUAAGGAUCCGAAGAGAAACAUGAUCCUUCAGUGGCGGGCAUUGGACGGCUUUUUGGGCGUUGUUUCCAGAGAGUUUCAGCUGUCUGAAAACCCUCCUCUGGGGGUGUGGACGAUUGUAGCUUCAGUCGAUGAAGUGGUGAGUGAGAAGACGUUCACAGUGGAUUACUAUGUGCUUCCCAGGUUUGAGGUGCAGAUCAAAGCUCCCAAGACAAUCUAUUAUAAAGAUGACCUAACAGGCACUGUCCUUACCCACUACACUUAUGGGAAGCCAGUGAAGGGAUUGUUGACAGUGAUAGCUGCAUUUGAGAUUUACAGUAUGCCCAUGCGUGUGAAUAAAACCAUGAAGAUUGAUGGCUCCGCCGAUUUCACCUUCAGCAAAGAUGACUUUCAUGAGUAUUCGUUGCAUAAUGUACACGAGGAAGUGAUUUCCAUCACAGCCUGUGUAACAGAGUCCUUGACAGGAUUGAAGUACAACACAACCACUGAAGUAACUGUUGUAAGAAAUAAAUUUCGGCUAACAUUUCAAGAAUAUUCCAGCACAUUAAAGCCAUCUUUAAAUUUCUCAACACAACUGAAAGUCUGCUCAUACGACAUGAAGCCCCUGUCCCCGGCGGGUCAGAAGCAGAGUGUGACCCUGACCGUGACGCAGCACAAGUACAGCCCCUGGAGCUGGAGGCAAGACGUCUGGGACCAGCUCCAGCCCCGGGGCCCAAACUCCUCCCACGUGGACCCCACUAAACCAGCCCGGGUCUAUCCACGCCCUCUGCCCGGAGGGAAAGAUGGGCCUGUGGUCAAGACCCUGACCCUCCCUGUGCCUGCUAGCGGAGUCGUUCCCAUCCACAUUCAGCUUUCAGAUGACGUGGCUACGCUCCACAUUGAGGCAAGGUUCCAGGACAACACAGCAUCCUUGGCGCUGUAUGGCAGCUACUUUUCUCCCAGUAAAUCAUACAUCCAGAUCCGCAGGGACCAUUCUCCUACACAGGUUGGAGUCCCUUUGCGGCUGACUGCACAGAGCAAUUUUCCAUUAACGGAAGUGCACUAUUUGGUUAUGUCAAAAGGGCAGGUGGUGGCUGCGGGGAAGAGUUCCGCCUCCCUCACUCUGACCCCCGAUGAGUCCUGGGCCCCUCAGGCCUGCCUGGUUGUGUACACUGUCCUUACCAAUGGAGAGAUCGUCAAUGACGCAAUGCUCAUUCCCAUCGCCCAAGUGCUGAGGAACAACGUGUCUCUGAGCUGGAGUCAGGCGUCAGCGAAGCCGGGAGAAGCGGUGACCCUCGGGGUGUCCGUGACGGAGCCCGAAUCUCUGGUGGGAAUUCUGGUGGUUGACCAGGCCACCAAGUGGCUGAAGCAGGAGAAUGACAUCACAUUGGAAGCGGUUCUGGAUGAACUGACUAAAUACAACACGGACAAGGUCAGCAUUCCUGAGAGGACAAUUAUGAGGAGUGACCCAUACUCCGUUUUCAAGGCCUGUAACCUGAUGGUUUUAACAGAUGCCUUGCUAGUUGAAGUGAAGGACGACAUGCAAUACAUACCCAUGUUCCGGGAGGGACCCAGUACCUUUCAGUAUGAAGAAGUGGCAGGCCAGCAGCCGCGGGUGCGAAAGGAAUUCCCAGAGACCUGGUUGUGGCUUGACGCUAACAUUAGUGCUUCAACCACAGCAAGUCUCCCUGUCACGGUGCCAGACAGCAUUACUUCCUGGACUGCUACAGCUUUCGUGAUGUCAGACAAUCUAGGCCUGGGGCUCGUUAGUGCCCCACCAAAGCUUACCGUCUUCCAGGACUUCUUCCUGUCGCUGAAUGUGCCCCCUUACAUCAUCCGAGGGGAGCUGCUGAUACUGGAGGUCAACCUCUUCAACUACCUGCCGCAGGAGCUCGAGGUCAUGGUGAUUGUUGCAGAGAGUGAGUCCUUUGAGUUUGUCUUCCUUGACAAUGACCUGUCAAUGCCCAGUACACAGAGAGUGAUCGUCAGGAGCCAGGAUAGCACCACAGUUCUCUUUCCCAUAAAACCCAGAAUUCUUGGGGAGAUGCCCAUCUAUGUGAAAGCCGUCUCCUCCAUCUCUUCCGACGCCGUUAUUCAGAAAGUUCUGGUCAAGCCUGAAGGAAUUCCGCGGUCCUUCUCAAAAUCUUUAUUUUUGGAGCUGGCCCCAACCGAGCAUCGCCUCUCCAAGGAGAUCGUCUUCACCUUCCCCCCAAAUGUGGUGCAUGGCAGCAAGCGGGCUGAAGUGGCUGUGGUCGGUGACAUCCUGGGCCCGUCCAUCGCAGGUCUGGAGUCUUUAAUUCAGAUGCCCUAUGGCUGCGGGGAGCAGAACAUGAUCCACUUUGCCCCCAACAUUUACGUACUUCAGUACCUGACCAAAAUACGACAAGCCGCAGAGGACAUCCGCAGCAAGGCCAUAUCCUUCAUGAGGCAAGGUUACCAGCAGGAGCUCUCGUACCAGAGAAGAGAUGGCUCCUUCAGCGCUUUUGGAGAUUUUGAUAACUCUGGGAGCACUUGGCUGUCCGCGUUCGUGCUGAGGUGCUUCCUGCAGGCCCGUCCGUUCAUCUCCAUCGACCCGGGCGUGCUGUCCCGGACGGCGGCCUGGCUGGCGGACCAGCAGAGGCCGGACGGGGCCUUCCUGGAGCCGGGCAGCGUCAUUCACACGGAGCUCCAGGGCGGUCUGGACGGCCCCGUCGCGCUGACAGCCUACGUGCUGACCGCCCUGCUGGAGGAGCAGACCUUCACGAACCAGUACCAAGACACGGUGUCCAAAGCGUUAGCUUUUCUGGAGGUCAAGCUGGCGUCUGGAAUCUCCAGUAACUACAGCCUGUGUCUGGUGGCGUACGCUCUGUCUCUGACAAACCACUCCAGCGCCAACACAGCCCUGACUGAGCUGAUUAACAGAGCCGAUAUACACGAUAACGUGAUGUCCUGGAGGUCCUCGAGCUCCGGGCUGUCGGAGUCGUGGCAGCCGCGCUCCUCGGGCAUCGAGAUGGCCGCCUACGUGCUGCUCACCCUGUUCAAACUGGCCAUGGUGGAUCAGGCCAUCCCGCUGAUGAAGUGGCUGAUCGUACAGAGAAACCAUCUGGGAGGUUACGGCUCCACACAGGACACGAUCGUCGCUCUGGAGGCCCUGUCCUGGUAUGCCGGCAUGAGCGGCUCAGCAGCCAUCGACCUGGCCGUGGAAGUGGUCCGCACACCGUCCGGCACGGAGGCCAGAUUUCGGGUCGACUCCACCAAUUACCUGCUCAGCCAGAACAAGGAGAUUGAAGCAGAGGGAGAUAUCCACAUUCAGGUCUUUGCUGAGGGACGAGGAUUUGCCCUUUUUCAGCUGAACGUCUUCUACAACUUGGAGAGCGAAUGGUUGUCACGGAGACCCAGAGAAAUUGCAGGACAGGAAGCUUUUGAUCUUUCCGUGGAUAUCACCGCCGAUGCGGGGAACAUGGACCACUUCACCAUCGUCGUGUGCACGAGGCUGUUGGAAAACGCUGGCAUUAAUCGGACGGGCAUGGUUUUGAUGGAUGUGGGGCUGCUCAGUGGGUUUGUCCUCGCUCAGGAGGGAGUCAAGACCGGCGACCUCGUUAAGAAAGUGGAAACAUCCGCAGGAAGCGUCCUGCUUUACUUGGAUUCAAUGAGCCAUUCGCCAGUGUGUGUCCACAUCCCAACGAUGAGGGACUUCAAAGUGGCACAUGUUCAGGAUGCUGUGGUCCUCGUUUAUGACUACUACGAGCCUCUUAGGAAGGCUGAGAGGACGUACAACUCCGAGGCCCUGCGGAAGAUGGCCGCCUGCUCCUUCUGCGGGGCCGACUGCAGUCAGUGCGGCGGGCGGGGCGCCCAAGUGUCGGGCGGCCCCUCCCUCACACAGGGCGCGGCCUACGUCAGCGCAGCAUUGCUUCUCCUCUCCCUCGUCUCUGCCUUUUAAUGGGAAGGAGGGCGGUAUUUAUAUACCUUUUACUGUGUGAGUGGUACCUGUGAUUUUACAGAACGGAGAACAGCUUAGGUCUAACAUUUGUUCAAUCGGUCGACUAUGUAUGUUUAUAUAGUCUGUUUGGUUUUUGUAGCUGUUUCAAUUACUUGCACUGGAGAUAUUUGUAAAUUUUGUGAUCAGAUUUGUUUGUAAGAUGUAAUAUAGAAGGUCAUUUUAUACACAUACAUUUAUGUCUAAAUAAUUUGCAUAUCAUUUUUUUUCAGUGGAAAUACACAUUUACAUGUUUAUACUUUAAAAAUUUUAAUUUUUCUAAUUAGGGUUGUUUUUUGUUCUUUUUACAUUUAUUGGUGAUCAUUAAGAGCCAGCGUUAGAUAACUGCUUUUGCACAGAUUUUAUGAUUUAUUGGAUUUUAUGAUUUAUUUCAUGAUUUAUUGUUGAGACCUCAGCACUUUCAUUAAAUGUAUAUUGCAAUGAAUAUUCUUCGGAACAAUGAAUGAAGCAUGUUAACAUCUUGACUAGCACAAUAAAUAAACAGAUAGGAAGUAAAACCUAAUCUAAAAGACUCUUGUUGGAUAAAAAUAUGUCAAGGCAGGGAAAAGAUCUUUGAAAGGUACCUGAAGCUUUCUCCCUUAUUGCGAAUGUGAAGAAUAUGUAAUGUUGAAUGUAAUGGGGGGAAAA